AUGUGUUCAGCGUGGGAACAACAGCUGUGCUCCCAAUUUUACGUGCUCAUGCUUCUGGCUCCAAAAUCACAACUCACAAGGAAGUGCAUGGGAAGUAUGAUACCAGACACGGCGCUGGGGCUUUUGUAUGGAUAUCUGGUCUACUUUUCCUGGACGCCUGAUACUUUGCACCUUAUGUUUGGAGCCAAAUACAUGGUGCCCGAGCUGGGUGGCAUAACAAAGAUGUUUUCCAGCGAGAUGAGACUAACUUCGGCGUGGAUUCAUCUCGUGGCCGUCGACCUCUUCGCUGCCAGAAAAGUGUACAGCGACGGGAUGGAGAACGGGGUGGAGACGCGACACUCGGUUGCGCUGUGCCUGCUUGCCUGUCCAAUCGGAAUUCUCACUCACCUCGUCACCAAGGCACUAAUUGCCGCCAUGGCCAGAGCCAAAACCACAGAGAAAUUACCACCAAACUAG